CGGUCUCAUUCUAACCAAUCAGUGGGCAGCAUUUUGCAGCCGUUGGACUGCAAUGGCGGAGACAAUGAAGCUGAGUGGAAAUCACGCUCCUCCUAAUGAAACCAGCAAAAUGUCCAGCAGCUACAGGGACUGCAUGUGUGCGAUUCUGAAGCUGUUGUCAGGCUUCGGGAAAGAGCUCAAAUUAAGUGAUGCUGCUCUGAGAAUAGAAGUCAACAUCAAUGCUGUGGAUCUUCCGUCAUCUCCAGAUGCUCAUGUGUACAGCUGUUUGCAGGAGCAUAUCACUAAAUUACAGGCUGUUUCAGAAGGCUUAAAGACACUCGUGGAUGCUCACGGGGAUACAUCAUCUAUAAAAGACGCUGUAACCUCAUCGUCACUCAAAGAGCAGACGACCGCGCUGACUGAGUACUACCCUCCCAGCCCAGAGGCUGCAGAAAGCGAGACGGAGGCUGAUGACGUCAUGGUUCAGAUCAGAGCCAGGAAGUCAGAGAUUGAGCGAAGAAUAUCUGCAUUUAUGGAACGCAAGCAGAUGGAGAUCAAUGAAAACAAUGUACGCGAGUUUUGCAACGUGAUCGACUGCAAUCAGGAAAACAGCUGUGCCAGAACAGACGCUGUUUUCACUCCUUAUCCCGGUUUUAAAAGCCACGUGAAAGUUACCCGGGUGGUAAACACUUACGGGCCCCAGACUCGUGGUGGGGGAGGCCAAGGAGAGGCGGGGGAACAGCAGAGGGGGCCGAUGCCAAGAGACUGUGGAAAUGCAGCCAUAGAAGAAAGACUUCUCAACAUCGAGACGCACCUGAAACUACCAACAGCGGGCCCAGUUCCAUUGAGUGUCUACCAGAGACUGAAGAAGCUGGAGGAUCGUAUCCUGGAGUUGGAGGGACUCUCACCGGAGUACUUUCAGUCCACCAGUCACCUGCACAAGCGAGCAAAGACGUCCCCUGCUCAGGUCUGCAGUCUGACCGAGCUGGAUGAGAAGAUCAGUGCCGUGAAAGCGGCGCUGCUAAAGAGGGUGAAUGAAUUCGGGCCUGGAUAUGGAUCAGAGUGUCCGCUGUAACAAACCCUCACUGUCUGUUAAUGCAGCAUUGCUUUAUUUUUCUCACAAUCACAGAUUCAAACAUUUCUUAUGAACUUCAUUUCACAGCCAGAACAACUGUUUUCCUUUUUAAGUCAACUGACGUGUCAUUUUUUCUGUAAUUAAAGAUAAUUUGUUCUUCGUGAAAGUUUGGAA